AUAAGUGAUAACAGCGUAAAAUAGUGUGGCUCCGCAAGCGCAAUUCUCGCCGGCCAACACCGGAAUUAAGGCACGUUAGUUUCAAACUGUUCCGUGGUUUCAUGCCAUGCCUUUGGCCAUAUCUAUUCGAUAUCUUUGGAUAUAAUUAAGAUUAACCAUAUCGUAAUUUGUGAGUCGUCGUAUUAGUACACGGCUAGCCGACGAUGGAUCUAUUGAGCAGACAAGGACUGAGGACGGACGGUCGGAGGUCCGGUGAGUUGCGCAGGAUACGGUGCAAGAUGGGUGUAUUCAAUCAGCCGGACGGCAGCGCGUACUUAGAACAGGGUAACACAAAAGUUGUGGCGGCUAUCUAUGGACCACACGAGAUUCGAACCAAUCGAUCCAAAGCGCCCAACGACAGUGCUGUGAUCAACUGUCAGUAUAGUAUGGCCACAUUCAGUAGGAGCGAACGGAAACGUCGGCCAAGAGAUAAUAAAUCAGCUGAGCUUACGUUGCAUCUUAAACAAGCUAUGACUACUGCAAUCAAAACUGAUCUUUAUCCUAAAUCUCAAAUUGAUAUUUUUGUUCAGGUUUUACAAUCAGAUGGUGGAAAUUAUAGUGUAUGCGUUAAUGCAGCUACAUUAGCCCUGAUAGAUGCUGGAAUUGCCAUGGAAGAAUUUGUGAUCUCUUGUACAUCGAGUUUAGCUAAUGGAGAAACGCCACUAGUGGACAUUAGUCAUCUUGAAGAGACAAUGGGGGGACCCAGUCUAACAGUAGCAAUAUUGCCAAUUUCUGGAAAGAUUGCUAUGUUAGAAACGUCACAAAGAAUUCACAUCAAUCAUUUAGAACCUGUAUUGACAGAAGCUGUCCGAGGAUGUCGCUACAUAUACGAGAAUUUAAAUAAAAUCAUAAAAAAACAUUAUGAAGAGAUAGGCGGUGCUUUAAAUUGGGGAACUGAAGAGUACAAUAUUUAACAUGAAAAAAUUAUUGACCUUAAAAUAGCAAGUCAAUACUUGAUGUAUUGUUAUAUAUUUUUGUAUAAUUUAUAUUCCAUGUAAAAAUAUGUGUAUAAUACAUUUUUUGUUUAUGACAACAAUUACUUUUUUUAUCAAAAAAUAAAACAGUUUUAUGCU